AAGGAGCUUGGUGGACAGCUGCUAUAGCAGACGUCGUUAGACGGAAGCUGCUCCAACAGAAAUCCCGACCAGUACCAAACAUCAAUAUCACGUACGAAGCCAUGGACGGUGCUAGUGCAGAGGAAACUGUCAUUGCAGCCUGCCGCAUGAACAAUGUGGAUCUGCUCGAAAAACCAGUAACUGAGCAGGUUGGAAACGAAUUGAAUUUCUUGAAUACAGCACGCGAUCCGCUGGGAAAUGGUUGUUUACAUGUUUGUGCUCAAUAUGGCUCCGUGGAAUGUCUCGAUUGGCUACUGGAUAUCGAGGGAUUGGACGUGAAUAUUCCAAACACAAUGAACCACGAUACUCCUCUCCAUGUUGCUGUCCAAUAUUGCCUCAAAGAUAAAGUCAUAUCUCUUCACAUGGUUGAAAUGCUGAUGGAGGUGGGUGCUAAUCCUCUAUUAUUGAACAAGGACAGAUACCGACCCAUCGACCUUGUCCCUGGAGACUUCCGUUCCGAGUUUGCUCCCGUGCUCGAGGCUCAUACAAUAACAAAGCAGUUUGCUGAUGAUAUUGUUGUUGAUGACGAUGAUGAGGGCAGUGAAGGCAGCGGAGAUUCUGGAGACGAGUCUGAUUAGCAACUUCCCUAAUGAAAUGUCUAUGUAACAUACGAACUCUUAAGGGGAUAGGACGGACCCAAGUGAGAAUUGGGCCGGAACAAGGGGAUGUUUCUACGAGAAAUGAGCUUUUAGAGUGUG